AUGGAUUAUAACGAGGAGCAGACUCAAGAAUUGGAAGUACUGGAAUCCAUUUACCCAGAUGAGUUGACCAUUGUUAAAGACAGUUUCCCAAAUAUUCAAUUCGAGGUUAAACUUCCGCUGGAUUUGAUUCCUCUAGAUAGUUCAUCAUUCACUCAGGGAUCGUUAACCAAAGACCACUGGGCUGCGAUAAAUAUAAAACUGCCAGAAACUUACCCAGAUGUUGCUCCCAUAGUGAGCAUAUCGUGUGAAGAACUGAAAAAAGACGGUGUGGAAAGCGAGGACGAUGAUGAAGACGAUAGUGAUUCAGAAGUAGAAUACGACGACCAUGGAAAUCCACUUAUAUCCAAGCUAACCAAUUUGCCUGACCAGGUCGAAUUCGAGGAACACGCCCGUGUUCUUGAAUCUCAAGUGGAAUCUCAGGCUUCCGAAGAUAUGCUUAUUGGCAUGCAAAUGACCUUUGCACUGGUUUCGUGGAUAAAGGAGUCACUGGAGCAGUUUUUCCAAGAAAGGCUAGACGAACUAGAACGUGAACAUGAACGGACCCUUGCUGCUCGUGAAAAAGAGGAACAAAAAAAAUUCCAUGGCACUCAAGUCACUAGAGAAUCGUAUCUGGAAUGGAGAGCCAAAUUCCGUGAAGAGACAGGUCGUAAUGAAAGAGACGCUGCACGCAAGAAAGAAGCUCAUGGCGGUAAAUUGUCCGGGAGACAGCUCUUCGAACAAGGUCUGGACGGUAGCGAAGACGUGGAAGAAGACUAA